AUGAGUGAAGAAGUCGAGACCGUCGUUCAAACUGUCGAAAGUGUGGAGGUUGUUAACAAGUAUCAAAUGGCAGCGGAAGUUUCGAAUCGCGUGCUUAAAAAAGUGAUUGAAUCAGCUGUUGAUGGUGCAAUGAUUAUUGAUCUAUGCGCGAUGGGUGAUAAAUUGAUUGAUGAUGGCGUUAAAGUCCUUUUUUCUAAAGCAAAAAACAUUUCAAAAGACCCGGAAGGUUCAGACGUUUUAAAGAAUGGUGAUUUGGUUAAAAUUCAACUUGGAGCUCAAGUUGAUGGAUUUGCUGCCAUCGUUGCUAGUACUUUUGUCGUUGGAGCAACCAAGGAAAAACCGGUGGAAGGAAAAUUAGCAGAUGUUUUAAUGGCUGCUCAUUGGGCAUCCGAGGCUGCUUUGAGAUUAAUAAAACCAGGUUUAAGUAAUAUUAAAGUUACCGAGACAAUACAGAAAAUUGCAAAAGCAUACGGCACAAAUUCUGUAGAAGGAAUGUUAUCGUAUCAACAAGAAAAGAAUAUCAUUGAAGGAAAAAAACAAAUAAUUCUUAAUCCUAGUGAUUUUCAAAAGCGAGAACAUGAAACUGUUGAAUUCAGCGAGAAUGAAGUUUAUGGUGUAGAUAUAUUAAUUUCAACUGGUGAAGGAAAGCCAAAAGCAUCGAAUAAACGUGUAACUGUUUAUAAAAAAACUGACAACACUUAUUUAUUAAAGAUGAAAACAGCUCGUUUAAUUUUUAAUGAAAUAAGUCAAAAAUUUGGUCCUUUCCCGUUUCCUUUGAGAGCAUUGGAAGAUGAAAAGAAAGCUAGAAUGGGAAUACUUGAAUGUUCCAGUCAUUCACUAGUAUCACCAUAUGAAGUCUAUCAGGAAAAAGAAGGUGAAUUCGUUGCACAGUUUUUCAACACUGUUCUCCUAACAAAAAAUGGUUCAAUUAAAAUCACCAAUACUUUAUUCAAUCCAGAGGCAAUAAAAAGUGAUAAGAAAAUAGAGGAUGAAGAGAUUUUAAAAUUGUUGGCUACUAAUUUAAAGCCAAGUAAAAAGAAAAUUAAGAAAAAGAAAGCCGGAAGCGGAGACCAGGGAGAUGUUGUGGCUGCAGAAGACGGAAAGGAAACUUCUGCUGCACCAAGUUAA